CGAACACUUCAUGCAUGUUCUCUAUAUAUAUCCAACAAAAGGAUCCGACUUCUUCAAACCAACGUAAACCAAAGCCAGAGAAAGAAAGAGAAGAUGAAUAACAAGAUGUUUUCAGGUUCUUUUUUCUUCAUCUUAAUCAUUCUUGCUACGAACUGGUUGAGCAUUGAAGCUCAAAAAUGCAAGCCUAGUGGCAAGCUUAGGGGGAAAGAGCCUCCUCCAGGACAAUGUAACCAAGGGAAUGACUCCGAGUGCUGCAAAAAAGGCAAGCUUUACCCCACCUACACGUGCUCACCUCAGGUGUCUAAGAAAACGAAAGCAACCUUGACCAUCAACAGCUUUCAAAAGGGUGGUGAUGGUGGCGGUCCAUCAGCAUGUGACAAUAAGUUCCACUCGGAUAAGAGUCCUGUUGUGGCAUUGUCGACAGGCUGGUACAACAAAGGGAACCGGUGUUUAGGCCAUAUUACCAUCCAUGGUAAUGGAAGGAGUGUCAAAGCGAUGGUUGUCGACGAGUGCGACUCCACAGUAGGAUGUGAUGCCGAGCACGAUUACCAGCCUCCAUGUGCUAACAAUUUGGUUGACGCCUCUAAAGCUGUUUGGAAGGCCUUGGGAGUGUCAGAAAGUGACCCAAAAUGGGGUUUUAUGGAUAUAUUCUGGUCUGAUGCGUAAUUGAGUGGUUUCCUCCAUUUUUCCAAUAAAAAUUAGUGUGAAAGGUUCAAUGCUUUUGUUGGGCUAGCUCAUGCCUAAUACUGCGACUGUGGCAAGAGUGUGAAGCUGUACAACAUGUUGUACUAUCAUCAUCUCUCUUGUUUCUUCAUUCCUAUUUCCAAGUUUA